AACAACCCAAAGGGCCCAUUAGACAAAUCUUCAAAACCCUAAUAAAUAAAGUUAAACAACAGCGCCCAUUUUCCAGUUCAGAUACUUAGCAUUAAGCGGCGCCGUUUCUGUAUCGUCUCCGCUCUUGAGCGCCAACCAUGGUGAGAGUUAGUGUUUUGAACGAUGCUCUUAAGAGCAUGUACAAUGCUGAGAAACGUGGAAAGCGUCAAGUUAUGAUUCGUCCAUCAUCCAAAGUCAUUAUCAAAUUCCUUUUGGUUAUGCAAAAGCACGGAUACAUUGGAGAGUUUGAAUAUGUUGAUGACCACAGAUCUGGAAAGAUUGUUGUUGAAUUGAAUGGUAGGCUGAAUAAAUGUGGUGUUAUUAGUCCUCGUUUUGAUGUUGGUGUCAAAGAAAUUGAAGGUUGGACUGCUAGGCUUCUUCCUUCCAGACAGUUUGGGUACAUUGUUUUGACAACCUCUGCUGGCAUUAUGGACCACGAAGAGGCUAGGAGAAAGAAUGUCGGUGGAAAGGUCCUUGGCUUCUUCUACUAGGCUAGUUUUGAGGGUCUUUAUAAUUUCAGUUAUUGUUUUACUUAAUGUAAUGGAGGAUGAACUAGACCCUUAGAAAUAUCAAAGCAUAGCUGGAGAUGUUUUUUGUGAUUUGUUUUAUUUUGUUUUGCAAAACCAAGUUGCCCACUAUAAUUUAUCUUAUGUUGUGAUUUGUUUUA